AUGGCACCCCAACCACUCCCCGAAGAACUGCUUGGACGGAUAUGCAUUUACCUCUGUCCCCACCGCCAAAACCCCAACGACUUGCCCAACCCCGAUGAGCCAUGUGUCCGCGCAAGUAAGGCCACACUAGCCCGCCUCUGCCGCGUCUCAAAACGCAUGCUCGCCAUCGCCCAGCCCAUCCUCUACCACUACUACGCAACCGGCAACAUCAUAGGCCCCCUCAACCCCAUGGUCUCCGACUACCCCACCGCCGACGACAAGCUCCCCUCCUUCCUCCGCACCAUAAUCCACCAGCCCAUCCUGGCGAUCCACAUCCGCACCCUCCAGCUCCAAUCCAAGAGCACCAGCAAAACCACGACAUUAAACCCCCACCUUCGCAAUGGGUCAUCGACGCCACCCUCCCGCGCCCAAAAGACCCGCAUCGCCAUCCACCCCUGGCUCCGCGAACUCGCCAUCAUCCUCACCCCCCGCACCUCUCAUCUGAUGUUAGGCCACAGCCCCCUACUACCGCGCACCUAUAUUGAGCCCUCUUCCCGACUCCUGCCAGCUUGCACGUCCCUCUCGUUCCGCAGCGGUGUGAAGGGGUAUAACCUGGCCAUGAUGCCGCCGCUGCUCAGGAUGGCGCCGAACUUGACAUCGCUGCAGGCGACUGACAUCCUGGGGUGGCACAGCGAGGGGUUGGUGGAUAAUGCGCCUCUGUCAUUGCAAAAGGUGCGGAGGCUGGUGGCGGAGGAGCUGAGAAUGAACGAGUUUAGCGUCAUGGUGAGGUGUGAUGUUAGUUCACACUACGAGUACUUGAUGCCGAAGAGUCAGCAUCAGACUAUACAAUCGCUGCAGGAGUUUUACCAGCUGGAAGAGUUGGUGAUGGACCAGUGGGCGUUUCUUUACCAUGACAAUGGCUCGAGAGGUACGAAGGGGCUCGUGACGCUACUACCGGCGUCGAUUCAGAUCGUGCAUUUAAGGUACGUUUAUAACAGCAUGCGAGGCGAACUACAGCAGCUCGCGCUCGCGCGACUGGAGCAGAUGCGGUCCAUGGAGGCAGAAUUUGCAAAGGUGGGCGUGCAGGUGGAAUGGGGCGUGGAUUGGGGCGUGGAUUGGGGCUACCCGUAUCCCGACAUGGCAAUGCCGCGACACACAGUGUUCCUAGUGUCGGCCCCUGUUGCCAGUCCUUCUACCGAAUCCUCCUCCUCCAUCAAGACGGGAAACCCAAAUACCCGACGUGCUGGCGCAGAGUGGUACCGAGGUUACGUGAGAGAAUUUCAUCUUUUCCGUUCCAACCAUCUACCCGGCUGA